UCCUCCGAACUCCGGCCCCUCGCUCUCUCUCUAUCAGCCUCUCACUCCGUCUCAAUAUGUCUCAAGAUGGCGGCCAAUGCUGGAUCGAUGUUUCAAUAUUGGAAGCGCUUUGAUUUACAGCAGCUGCAGCGAGAACUCGAUGCCACCGCCACAGCGCUAGCCAACCGACAGGAUGAGAGCGAACAGUCUAGGAAAAAGCUCAUCGACCAGAGCCGCGAGUUCAAGAAAAACACCCCAGAGGAUCUGCGCAAGCAGGUAGCUCCACUGCUGAAGGGCUUCCAGGCUGAGAUCGACGCCUUGAGUAAGAGAAGUAAAGAGUCUGAAGCUGCCUUCUUGAACGUCUAUAAGCGAUUAAUUGACGCCCCAGACCCCACACCGGCCCUGGAGGCGAGCCAGCAGCUGCAGCUCAAGGUGCAGAAGAUGCAUGACGUAGAAACGGAGAACCAGAAGCUGCGGCAGACUCUGGAGGAGUACGACAAGGAGUUUGCCGAGGUCAAGAACUAUGAGGUCACAAUCAAAGCGCUUAAGGAGAAGAUCCGGGAGUAUGAGCAGACUCUGAAGAGCAAGGCGGAGGACCUGGCUCAGGAGAAGGAGCAGCAGCUUCACAAUGACUAUGCAGAGAAGGAGAGGAAGCUGCAGGAAAGUCAGGAGUCCGUGGCUUCUAAGCUGGAGGAGGCCGACCGGAAGGCACAGGCACUACAGAAAGCACUUAAAGAAACUCAGGCUGAGCUCUCCGAACUGAAGACCAAGUACGACAAGGAGUCUGCAGUGAAGGUCAACGAGAUCAAGAUGGUGAUGGCCGACCUUGAGCGAGCCAAUCAGCGAUCCGAGGUGGCGGAGAGGGAGGCGGAGACGUUACGGGAACAGCUCACGUCGGCCAACAAGUCCCUACAGCUGGCCACGCAGAUCCAGAAGGCACCUGAUAUGGAGCAGGCCCUGGAAGUGCUGUCACGCUCCAGUCUAGAGGUGGAGCUCAGCGCCAAGGAACGCGAGGUGGUGCAGCUGGUGGAAGACGUGCAGCGGCUGCAGGCCAGCCUGAACAAGCUGCGGGAGACCUCGGCCAACCAGAUCACACAGCUGGAGCGGCAGCUCAGCAGCAAGAACUCCACCCUGAAGCAACUGGAGGAGAAGUUGCAGGAGCAGGCGGAUUAUGAGGAACUGAAGAAGGAGCUGAACAUCCUCAAGUCGAUGGAGUUCGGGCCAUCAGACGGCUCAGCAGCACAGGACUCCUCAAAGCCCUUGGAGAUGCUGCUGCAGGAGAAGAAGCGGAGCUUGCAGUCGGACAGCGCACCUCUCCGACUGGCCAACAACGAGCCCAGCGGGAAGAAAGGGAAAGAGGCCCCAGCAGAUAGCCAACAGCGCCUCCCUCUGGCUACCGCAAGUGGUCUUCAGGGCUCCUCCCCACCAGCCUCCUCCCAGCUGCUUCUGCGGGCAGCAGCCGGCGAGGUGCCCUCCAGUGCCAACGGUGCGCACCCCUUCUCCCCCACGAGUAUCGGGCAGGACUUCUUCAGUCCGACGGUGACAGGCGCCGGGAGCGCCUUCUCGCUGGCAGCCAGCAAGGUGCCGUUGAACUCGUUGCUGCAGCGCCAGCUCAUGCAGACCUUCUACUCCAAAGCGCUGCAGGAUGCCCCUGGGGGGGGCAUGCUCUUCGGGACAGGCCCCUAUGGCACCGGGUCCCUCUCCGGCAGUCCCCACCCUCAGCCGCCACACCAGUCCGCAGGCAGUCCCGACGUCAACGGCAUGGCUCCAUCGCCCAGCCAGUCGGAGGGUGCGGGAAGCGCCUCGGAGGGCGAGGACAUGGACACGGCGGAGAUCGCACGCCAGGUCAAGGAGCAGCUGAUCAAGCACAACAUCGGCCAGCGCAUCUUCGGCCACUACGUGCUAGGCCUGUCUCAGGGCUCCGUCAGCGAGAUCCUGGCCCGGCCCAAGCCCUGGAAUAAGCUCACCAUCCGGGGCAAGGAGCCCUUCCACAAGAUGCGGCAGUUCCUGUCUGAUGAGCAGAACAUCCUGGCACUGAGGAGCAUCCAGGGCCGGCAGCGAGAGAACCCAGGCCAGAACCUGAACAGAGUGUUUCAGGAGGUUCCGAAGCGAAGAGCCGGCUCUGAAGGCGCCUCGCGGCCAGGCAGCAUCACCACGCGGAUCCGCACCCCCGAGAGUGGCUCGGACGAGGCCAUCAAGUCCAUCUUGGAGCAGGCCAAGCGGGAGCUGCAGGUGCAGAAAGUGGUGGAGCCCUCCCAGGCCCCCCUGUCAUCCAGCGGGGGCGGCGGCAGCUCCGACGACACCAUCCGCUCGAUCCUGGAGCAGGCGCGGCGCGAGAUGGAGGCCCAGCAGGCAGCGCUGGAGCCCGUGUUGAAGGCAAGCUCGCUGUCCCCCGGCGACCUGUCGCUUCUCUCCCCCAAGCUGCUGGGCGUCUCGCCCCCCUACUCGCCCCUCGCCCUCUCCCUGAAGAAGCCGACGCCCACCGCCGCCUCAUCUUCACCCUCGCCGUUGCUUGACUACUCCACCAUGAAGAAGGAGAGUGCUGAGCCGCCCGUCCCGGAGGCUUCUGCUGAGGGGGGUGCCCGGCAGGGCCGCGGCAGCGGUGCAGGACCCUGGAGAGACCAGUGGUGGAGCACCAUGCACCCUGAGCGCCGUGGCAUGACCCCGCUGCCGUCGGAGGAGAGCCGCGGGCAGGAGGACUCCAAGGAGAAGCCCUCCCGGCCGGCCGGCUCCGUGGUCGCGCCCUCCUGCUCCUCUUCCUCCCUGGACUACUGGAAGGACUGGCCGCGCGCCGACUCGCCCUAUUCGCAGGGUUCCGAGCCCAGCCUGCAGGGCCCCAGCCGCGGGGACACGCCUCAGAGCAGCCCCCUGCCCAGCUCGCCGCUGCUGGCCCCGGCUAAGGCCGCUAAGCCGGCUGUGCCACCGCUCUCGCCCGAGCAGUACGAGUUCUACAUGUACCAGGAGGUGGACACCGCUGGGCUCACACAGCAGGUCAAGGACAAGCUGGCCAAGAACGGCAUCUGCCAGCGCGUCUUUGGAGAAAAGGUGCUGGGCCUGUCCCAGGGCAGUGUGAGCGACAUGCUGUCCCGCCCCAAGCCCUGGAGCAAGCUGACCCAGAAGGGCAGGGAGCCAUUCAUCCGCAUGCAGCUGUGGCUCAACGGCGAGCUGGGGCACAGCGUGCUGCCGCUGCAGGGCCAGCUGCAAGAGAGCACGCCGAAGACCUCGGCCAGCUGCAGCCCCGCCCCCGAGUCACCCCUGAGCUCCGCCGAAGAGUCCGUGAAGAGCCUGGGCGAGCCGGCCACCCUGCCCCCGGCCUCAGAGCCCAGCGACCCCCCCGAGUCUCUGGCUCCCGCGCCCCUGCCUGUCCCUGGCCACUCGGGCCUCAGCAUCCAGGAGAUGGUGGCCAUGUCCCCCGAGCUGGACACGUACGUCAUCACCAAAAAAGUCAAGGAGGUUCUGACCGACAACAACCUUGGGCAGCGCCUCUUCGGGGAGACCAUCCUGGGCCUGACGCAGGGCUCCGUGUCAGACCUUCUGGCUCGACCCAAACCCUGGCACAAGCUGAGUCUGAAAGGUCGCGAGCCCUUCGUCCGCAUGCAGCUGUGGCUCAGCGAUCCACGCAACGUGGAGAAGCUCAUGGAUAUGAAGCGGCUGGAGAAGAAAGCCUACAUGAAGCGUCGACACAGCUCGGUGAGCGAGAGCCAGUCCGUUGAGGCCGGUGGGGAAACAAGCCAGGGAAGCAGCCCCCAGCAUCAGCAGCACCAGCUGAAGAAGCCCCGUGUGGUCCUGGCCCCCGAGGAGAAGGAGGCCCUAAAGCGGGCCUACCAGCAGAAGCCGUACCCUUCGCCUAAAACCAUCGAGGAGCUGGCCAGCCAGCUGAACCUCAAGACCAGCACUGUUAUCAACUGGUUCCACAAUUACAGGUCCCGAAUCCGCCGCGAACUCUUCAUUGAGGAGAUCCAGGCCGCCGCAGGAGAAGGGAGCUCCCCCUCAGCCCGUGGGGGCAAGGCAGGCGAGGGCGAUAGCUGCGAUGGCACCGAGUCAGAUGGCACGGUGGAGAGCCGACCCGGCCCGGCAUCGGGCUCGGAGGAGUACAGGGGAGCCUCUGAGGGCGGCGGGGCCGACCCGGGGGAGACUAGAGAGGAGGCAGGUGCAGAGGUGCCUUCUGGCACCCUUGCUUCUCAGGACAUUCCUACCUCAGCCCUCAGCCCACCUGGCACUAGCAGCCACAAGGGCGGCGCCAUCGGCAGCUUGUUCAGCUUCCCCGAGACGGCGUCCCCGGGCACUAGAAACCCCAGGGACAGCAGUUUACGGAAGAAGAAGGCUGCCAACCUCAACAACAUCAUCCAUCGGCUGGAGAAGGCGGCCAGCCGCGAGGAGCCUUCCGAGUGGGAGUUCUGAAGCCCCUCCGGCGGGGGCAGGGGUGAGGGUAACUUUUUUUUUUUUUUUUUUUUUUUUAAGUUAAUUAUUACCUUGACUGCAGAGCCAUGGCCAAGCCUGGCACAGCGCAGCGGGAAAGCUGGCAUGUUAUAGAUAUUCUUUUACAGAGAGGAAGAAAGGAAGGGAGGUAUGAACAGGACAAAACAAAAAAAAAAAUAUCCUCGGUGUGGAUCUGUUGAGAAAAGCACUUAAAAACCCUGCUGGCCACAGGGCAGAAGCAUCCCGGCCAAUGGUGCGACACGGUACAGACAGAAGCAUUCAUUUCCAGGAGACUGCGCGGCUUCGAGCAGGGGAAGGAGGCGGCGUCUGUCUGUCCGUCCAUCUGCUUUUCCUCCGAGAGGUUAAUGCGCCACGCCGGAGCGUUUCCGACCGCGCCCCUCCAGUGAGACCACCCCCCCACUUGACCCACACAUGAUGGAACUAAAGAACUGUUACAUUACCCCCCCCCCUCCUCAUCACGUCUGUCGUGUGGUUUUCCCGUCUCCCCCAUGUCGUGUAUUUGUUUAACUGUCCAGUACGAAGACUGAAAAAAGCCAAGCACUUACAAACAGCACUCCCACCCCCCUCUUCCUACGGUCCCUCACUUACCAAGCCGCCAUUUAAUGGCUAUGGAUUUCCGUCAGGCUAUGGACUACUUUGGAAAGAAUUUUUUUUUUUUGGACACUUUUUUUU